AUGUCGACGGACAAUGUGGUCCUCGAGGACCCAAGCUCGUCGCAUCGAGUCUACAUCGGUGACUCGAUAGGCUGUCUUCGCGUCGCACAGUGUGACCCACCUUCGUCCCUCCCGAAGGACUUCGCCGGACCAUCGAUCCGACCCCUCAUCCUGCCCAACUUCAAGUCACACUCGGAUCAUGCUGUUCAGCGUAUUGCCACCGGCGUGCUGGGCUCGGACACCUACGUUGUCGCCCUCGCCCGCAAGAAUGCCACCAUCGACGUCAUCCAGAUCAUCAACCAGUCUCUGCCCUCCACCAGCACGGCUCCCGCUCCCUCCUCCGAGCUUCAGGCGAACAUUCUCUGCACCGUCUACGAGACGCAAAUGAAAGCCGGCAUUCACCGUUUCAUUGGUCUCGCCGUGUCGACUCAAGGCAUCUACACUAUCACCUCAUCCGGCAUCUUCCGCUUCACACCCAUCAGCGUCACCUCCGCCGGCACGGAAACCAACGCUACCCUUGGCGAGGCCACGGUGAUCGACAUCCUACCGUCGCCGCUGCAGCAUGCGCACUUCUAUCCGCCGACCGACCCGACGCACUUCUGCUACGGCGGCGAAGACGUGCCUCUCUCCCUCUGGCACAUCCCCACUUCGCUCUCCGACCAGCCGCCCGAAGGUGAUAUGAGCGUCGAAUCCGCCAAAACGGACGAUCUGGCGGGGCUGAACAGCAAGCAGCGCAAACGCAAGCGUCAGCUCGAGGCCAAGACCAAAGCUCGCGAGCUGGUGUGGGGUGAAGUGUGGCGUGCGAAGAACCUGCCCAAUGACAACCUGUCGUUGCCGAGACGAGCCAACAUCACUGCUACGUGCAUCCUCGCCCUGACCGAAGAGGCGGACGGGCUGGGGGAGUCGUCGGUCAUUGCGGUGGGAACGAAAGACGGCCUGGUGCGCAUCUUCCAGCCUGGCGGCCCGAGUCGGCGGCAUGUCCGCGAGAUGCGUGUUGUCCCAGCGGGUCAAGGGGCAGUCAAAACCCUCUGCGCUUCUUCCUCCGCGCUUGACUCUACCCGUGGAGGACUGCUGUUUGCCGGCGACACAGGAUCUAAGUUGUCUGCGGUCGACUGGCAGACGGGUGCUGUGGUGUACGCGUACAAAGGCGCCGGCCAGGUAGGCGCUACGCUGUCCAUGACGGUUCUGCCCGACGACAAGUCAGAGGCGCUCGUGACGGUGUCUUCCGACAGCCUGGUUAGGCUGCACUCGACGGUGCCGGCAGGGCUGGCGGUGCCCAAGCCGGGAAUGUCGGCCGAGAAGGGCGAGGCGAUGUGGAGUAAGAUGAUGGCGAGUUCGACGACGCAGAGCGUGCACGCCAUGCCGACUGCGGUCGUGUGGGAUGGCGUCGUGCCGCCAGGGCUGAAGGGGGUGAAGGAUGGCGAGGAAGAGGAGGAGGAUGAGGUCUGGGCCAAUAUGCAGGAAGUAAGCGGGCGAGAUGGGAGGGGCGCCAAGGUCAAUGGACCAGCAGACGGGGUGGCGGAGGACGACGACGAUCACGAUGAGGAGGAAGACGAGGAGAGCGAGCCGGAAGCUGCAAAGGGUAACGGAAGCAACGGGAAAGCCAAGCGCAAGGGAGGCAAACCGGCACAGCCCAAGAAGAGUCGCAAGUAG